ACCAGGCGCUUACUCACUUCCCUCACAGCUGAUUGGCAUUUGAAAACAAAUAUUCCGGCCAAGAUGUGGAUUGCCUAUGCCCUGGUGGUCCACGUACUGCUCCUGGGCUCCAUCUUCGUGAUCUACUUUCGCUCGCCUGUGAUUACGGGUCUGACACCGCAGAAACGUACACUAUUUUACGGACUAGAGGCGCCGGCGAAUCGCUUGGUGCUGAUUGUGACCGAUGGAUUCCGCGCCGACUCCUUCUUCGAGGAGAACUGCAGAUAUGUGCCCCACCUGCGCCAGAUCUUCAUGCGGGAGGGCGUGGUGGGCGUGUCGAGAACUCGCGUGCCCACGGAAACUCGUCCCGGCCACAUAACCCUGCUCGCUGGGUUAUACGAAGAUCCUUCGGCGGUGCUCCGUGGCUGGAAGAAGAACCCUAUCGACUUUGACACAGUGUUCAACCGGAGCGCCCAGACCUACGCUUGGGGCGCCGCAGAUGUUAUGAACGUGUUCUCACAUCUUUCCAACGCCGGGAAAAUGCACUUCCGCUUUUACGACGACUUGGACUUUUCGCCGGGCUACGAUACCUACGAGCAGGACGAGUGGGUCUUCAAGCGGGUCAAACUCCUGCUCCAGCGGAAGGGGGAAGCCCUGCGGCGGGGCAAGCACGUAGUCUUCUUCCUGCACCUCCUGGGACUGGAUACCGCCGGGCAUGUUCACAAGCCGGGUUCGCCGAAGUUUCUCGAGAAUGUGGACAAAACAGAGAGGGGCGUCUAUGAGAUCUACCAGGAAUUUGAGCGUGUGUUUCCCGACAAGCGUACUGCGUACUUGCUGACCGCCGAUCAUGGGAUGACCGACUCGGGUUCCCAUGGCGCGGGCUCUCGCCAUGAAACGGACACUCCUUUUGUGCUCUGGGGCGCAGGAGUUUCCCGGACGGUUCCCAAUCCUGGAGGUCUUAAUUUUAUGCCCAACGAUGAAGGUCCUGCGAUGCCACUUUACGAAUUGGAGCAAGCACAGCUAACACCCUUGAUGUCCGCACUGGUAGGUCUCCCUCCGCCCAUGAACAAUUUUGGAACGUUACCCGUGGGUUACAUGAAUGUCAGCAAGGAAUACGAGGCCAUUGCAUCCCAUUUAAAUGCUCUGCAGCUUCUGGAGCAGUAUGAGGCACUCUUGAAGCAACACAAAAAGGGAUUUUUUGCAGAGGUUUUAUCCGAGUUUAGUGUUCUCUCAACGGAGGUAAUCAAAGGAUACAAAGACGUGAUAUUGAUGCUGCAUAAGGACAGGGACUAUUUAAAUUCCAUAGAGAGGAGCCAAGUUGUCAUGGCGAAAGCCCUUGAAGGCAUUGAUUACUACCAUGGAUACUACCGUAGAGCACUUUUACUGAGUACCACCUCCACGUUCCUAGGAUGGAUAUUCUAUCUAUACCGCCUGCUGGCCAGGAACAGGGCUGGAAAAGUGGAGCUGAUCCUUGAACGGAACACCAAGCUGGUAAGACUGAGCCUGGGAAGCUCUGUGAUCCUGCUAGUGAUCUGCCUACUAGGCCAACGAACACCACUGGAUAUAUCCUUUUACCUGCUCCUUCCUCUCUUCGUCUGGCUAAAGGCUUUGCAGCCUUGGAAUCUAAACUUCUCCUUCUCGCCAGCAGCGGCAUAUAGUGUUCCAGCCAUGCAGACAACAAUGUGGCAGCUUAUAUUGAUAAUAGCUUGCGCGGAGUUGAUGGUUUUCACCUUCUUCGAGCGACGCCUGAUCUCACUCUGCUUCUUGGCCUUCGCUUGUUACAAUGGUUGGAGUAACUUUCAACCAAAGUCCAGGGAGUUUUACUCUUGGCUGGCAUUAGUCUUGAUCCUGGCCUGCUUUCCCCUGUUGCCGCUCUCUGUGGGCUAUCGGAAUGGUUACCUACUUGGAGUUGGAGUUAUUGUGAUACUCGUGAACUCAUUUUGGAAUACAAAGACGAGAUUAAGCUACAAAAAGCACACUAAAUACUGCAAUGCCCUGAUCCUGCUGCAAACCAUUGUGUGUGCCUAUCUCCACUCCAACGGACUAAAUAUUCCUAUUCCUUUGAAGGUGGCCAGCUGGAAUUUUCUGGUAUACUCCUUCGCAUCCAUUCUGCAGAGCAAAGAUCAAAGACUGGAUAUGCGCCUGGCCCAGAUUGGCUUUAAUUUGGGAUCCCUGUACGCCACUCUGUGUACCUCCUAUGAGGCUGUGUUUGUCCAGCUGCUGGUCCUGGAACUGAGUCUCUCCUUGAAGGCGCAGAACGCGCAGGCGGAAAAGUCAGUGAUACGACUAGCCUUCACCCUACUCCUGUACACCUUCUUCUCGCUCUUCGGUUCCGGCAACAUUGCCUCCAUCAGCUCCUUUGAUCCCAACAUCGCCCGCUGCUACCUCAGCCACUUUGCUCCCUUUGUGAUCAUGGGUCUGGUGCUGCUGAAGCUCCUCGUGCCGGUGGUGUUGAUCAUGUCGAUAGUCUAUGCCCAGAGUGAGUUUGUGCGCCAGCACGAGGAACAGAUCUUCAUCUCCCUGCUGCUCAUCUGCGAUGUGAUGGGUCUGAACUUCCUGUUCUUGGUGCGCAACCAGGGAUCCUGGCUGGACAUCGGGACGUCCAUAUCCCACUUUGUGAUUAUGGAGGUCACCACGCUGGUGAUCCUUCUGCUAUUCUACACCGCCAAGCAGCUCCUGCGAGUCAUUCCAUGGGAGGAAAUUGACAUCAAAAGAUUGCCGCUCCGCCUCAUCCAUUGGGAUCUGAUCAGCGCCAAGCAUCACUAG